GGCGGAAACGGAUGUCCCCUAUGUUUUACGUCACAGGAUCUGAGUGCGGAAGUGCCAGAAGGCGGAAAUCUAAACGUCACAAUCUUGUGUGCAUAUCUUAAUACCGGCAGCUAUAGGACUGAUCUACUACAUUAAAUAUAUGAUCAUGUUUAAAACACGCGAUGUCUAAAGAUCACUACAUAUUUGAUGUCAUAAUAAUAUAUUUUACUACUAAUGCAUGCAAACUUUAACUGAGGUUGCAGUUCAGUUCUGACCUUAGCAAGAUGGCGACUGUGGACGUGGAAGACGAGAGCAUCUUGGCGUCUAUUUUCAAAGACAGCUUUCCCGACAACUGGCGGGAGAACCCGGAUUUCGCAGCCUACCUGUCGGAACUGAGUUCGUACGGCGUGGAAAAGCUGAACCGUGAGCCGGAGAGGCUGGCCGAGGAGCGGGCCCAGAUCCUGCAGCAGACCCGGGAACUCGCUUUCUCCAACUACAAGACGUUCAUCCGCACGGCCGAGUGCACCGAGGAGAUCUACCGGGACUUCGGCCGCGUCGAGAGCUGCGUCUCCAGGCUGCUCGACAAGCUGCCCGGCUUCGGGGAAAGAUGCAGGGGUUUCAUCAAGGAGGCCGAAGAGAUCGCGGUGAGCCGGCGCAUGAACAGCCUGACGCUGAACCGCCACACGGAGAUUCUGGAGGUGCUGGAGAUCCCGCAGCUGAUGGACACCUGCGUCCGAAACGGCUACUACGAGGAGGCGCUGGAGCUGGCAGCCUAUGUGAAGAGGCUGGAGAAGAAGCACUCGUCCCUGCCCGUCAUCCAGGGCAUUGUGCAUGAAGUGCGUCAGUCCGCACAGCUCAUGCUGAACCAGCUCCUGCAGCAGUUGCGCAGCAACGCCCAGCUCCCCGUGUGCCUUCGCGUCAUUGGCUACCUGAGGAGGAUGGACGUGUUUACGGAGGCAGAGCUCAGGGUGAAGUUCUUGCAGACGCGUGGCAGCUGGCUGCGCUCCAUCCUGGAUGCCGUACCUAACAACGACCCAUACUUGCAUAUCACCAAGACCAUCGAAGCCUGCCGCGUGCACCUCUUUGACAUCAUCACACAGUACCGCGCAAUCUUCUCAGAUGAAGACCCCCUCCUGCCUCCGGGGGGACAGGCAGUGAACGAGAGUGCCAUCUUCCACGGCUGGGUGGUGCAGAAGGUAGCAGAGUUCCUUGAAACCCUGGACAGGGACCUACAGCGUGGGGUCGGUGCUCGUCUAGACUCCCUGCUGGGUCAGUGCAUGUACUUUGGACUGUCCUUCAGCCGGGUUGGGGCAGACUUCCGUGGGCAGUUGGCCCCCAUGUUCCAGCGGGUCGCCUUGGAAACUUUCCGCCGGGCAGUGGACGAAGGCGUGGAGAAGUUUCAAGACGAUAUGAACCAUUAUACACUCAUCUCAUUGCCAACCAUGUUGAGCAGCACACUCCCACCAGUUCCCCCCACCACACAACCUGGCACACUGCAGCCCCCCAUGGCCCUCCUGGACUUCCCUCCCUUGGCCUGUUUCCUCAACAAUGUCCUCACUGCCUUCAAUGACCUGCGCUUGUGCUGUCCCAUCGCCUUGGUCCAGGAGGUUACGAAGUGCCUGGAAGAUGCUCUCCUCAAGGUGACCAAGCUGAUUCUGGUGUUCCACCGAGCCGAGGAGACGGCCUUCAGCAGCCGGGAGCGUGAGCUCUUUGUCCAGUUCUGCUGCGCCUUCGCCGAGGACAUGGUUCCAUUCCUGAACCGUUGCCUGCAAGUGCUCUUCCCCCCUGCGCAGCUUGCCCCCCUGCUGGGUGUACCUGCAACGCAGAUCAGCAAGGGUGGGAGUCUGGGGUGCAUCAGCCUAAGUGCAGUGCUGACUCCCCUGGACUUCGUGUUGCCCAAGAGAGAGACAGAAGCCUCCAUUCCUGACCUGAGCUCUCUCAUGACCCCUGACCUUGGGUCUGAAGUACAACCCAAGUCCAGACUCCCAGAUGUCCCCCCAGUAGUCCUUGGGCCCUCUGAGGUUGAGACAGACCCAGUGGCAGGAGCUACAGCCUCUGUGAAGGCAAAGUCUGACCUGACAGGGUGAUUCUUCAGUGGACUGAAAACACCAUGGCAAUAUGUCACUACACCGUUGGGUCCAUGAGCUUUAUUUAUCUAUGGGGUAACCAAUUUGGGAUUGUCACUCAGACAGUGAGUG